AUGAAUAAUAGGUUGUCAUCUAGCAAUCACUUUCCAUUGCGAUUAAUAGCGUUAAUAGCAUCAGUUUUUAUCGCAUUAGCGUCGGGUACUCCUUAUCUCUACGGGAUCUAUGCUCCGCAGUUGAUUCAAAAAAUUGGACUUACAGCAUCAGACUCCGCAACGAUUUCAUUAGCAACUAACGUUGGAACUGGGUUUGGAGGUUUGCCGGCAGGAGUAAUCAUAGACCAUCAAGGUCCCCAAUUGUCGAUCCUUAUGGGAUCCAUUUGUAUAUUUACAGGUUAUUAUGGUUUAUACAAAAUCUACCGAAAUGAAGUCGCUGCCUUAGCCGCAAUAUGUGCUUCAAUGACCUUGGUAGGUUUUGGCUCAGUGUUAUCUUACUUUGCGACAUUAAAAGCUUCUCAGUCCAACUUUCCUAACAACAGAGGAGCUGCUGGUGCUUUUCCUGUUAGUGCAUACGGUCUAUCAGCCACUGUAUUUUCUUUUAUCACACACGCGGCAUACAGUAACGACACAGGUGGUUUACUUAGAUUUCUUUCUUUCUUCUGUGGUUUGGCGAUAUUUCUUGGAAGCUUUUUUGUUCACAUCUACAUGAAUCAUGAAGACGGAGAAGACGAACAUAGACUAGUGGAUGAAGAGAGCCAACUUCUUCGAUCAAAUUCUGAAGUUAUCGAUGAUAGUGAUGGACCGUAUAAUGACUCUAGUGAAGGAGAUACUAGAAGAUCUGAUUCUUUUAAAGGUUCUUUUUCAUUUUGGGGUAUCGGAAGACGAACACCUAGACUGUCAAUUAGUUCAGAUUAUUCAGAUGUGCCAUCAAUAGUACAGGCUUUGAGAGAGCAAAAUGAACCUAGCGAUCUGGAUAGACUCUCUAAUCCUGUAUCUCUGAGACACAAUUCAUCUACGAGUUUAUUAAAGAAUCCACCCAUAAACUUAAAACAGCCAAGUGUCAAAAAACCUAUUACUAAAAAUAAAAAAACACCUUGGCAAAUAAUCAAAAAGUUGCUUAGAAGUAAACUUUUUCUAAUACAUUAUAUACAAGUAUCUAUAGCCAGUGGAAUUGGACAAACGUAUAUCUAUUCUAUCGGAUUUGUUGUUACUGCUCAAUAUUAUCAUGAUAGAGUUCCUGAAGUCACAAAAAAUACAAUUUCACAUAUAUUUGGUUCUGAACCGGGACCAGCUUCUUUGCAAGCCGUCCAGGUCUCCAUUAUAUCAGUCGCAUCAUUUUUGGGAAGGUUCUGUUCAGGUUUUUUAUCAGAUUUACUAUAUGUGAAGUUUCAUAUUCAAAGGUUGUGGAUUGUGCUUUUCACUUUAAUCAUUCUUGCUUGUGGCCAAUUUAUUAUGGCUUUUAAUUCAAACAAUUAUAAUUUAGUAAGUUUAGCUUCGGCACUUACAGGGGGCAGUUACGGAUUAAUUUUUGGGACUUAUCCAGCUAUAAUGGCUGAUAAGUUUGGAACUAGGUCAUUUUCAACGACAUGGGGUUUAAUUUGCACUGGACCCUUAAUGACAUUAUAUUUUUUAAACAAGUACCUCGGGUUCAUCUAUGAUAGUCAUUCUGAUUCGAAAACAGGAAUCUGUUUUGAAGGAAAAGCUUGUUAUAAAGGAGCUUUUGAAUUAGGCUUUGCAUUAUGUUUCGUCGCUAUGGUGGUUUCUGUAUUGUUGAUUUAUAUGCAAAGAAGAAAAUAA